GCCGAAGCCGUACAGGGUCCUGCCCUGCCUCUUGAGCGCGUAGACGACGUCCAUGGCGGUGACGGUCUUCCGGCGAGCGUGCUCGGUGUAGGUUACGGCGUCGCGGAUGACGUUCUCCAAGAAGAUCUUGAGGACGCCGCGGGUCUCCUCGUAGAUGAGGCCGCUGAUGCGCUUGACGCCGCCACGGCGAGCCAGACGGCGGAUUGCCGGCUUGGUGAUGCCCUGGAUGUUGUCGCGGAGGACCUUCCGGUGACGCUUGGCUCCUCCCUUCCCCAAUCCCUUGCCUCCCUUGCCGCGGCCGGACAUUUUUUCCCUUCGAACGGAAUCUGAAACUCGGAAAAGAUGGAGAAGCGGGAAGCUUUGGAUCGCAAUGUGGUUUUGAAUUUUGGAUCUGGUGAAUUUUAGUAUUUAUAUAGCUUGUGCGGGCUGGAAGAUGAUCGAUCGGGGCCGUUGAUUAGGAGUGAGGAUCGACGGGUGAGAAUGGC